ACCUGGAUGUAAACAAGUUUUAUACAAAGUUCUGUCAUGGUGAUGUUUCCAAAUUCACUGACGGAGGAAGAGGAGGCUUUACAGAAGAAGUAUGCUAAACUGAAGAAAAAGAAAAAGGCACUGCUUGCCCUGAAGAAGCAGAGUUCAACCAAUCAGACAAAUCAGAGUGGUUUGAAACGAACUCUGUCAGACCAGCCUGUUGUCGAUACGGCAACGGCGACAGAACAAGCAAAGAUGCUCAUUAAGUCAGGGGCUAUCAGUGCUAUUAAAUCAGAGAACAAGAACUCUGGAUUCAAACGGUCUCGAAUGCUGGAAAUCAAGCUGAAGGACCCAGAGAAAGGUCCAGCUCCUGCUUUCCUACCCUUUCAGAGGAGUGUCUCUACAGACGAUGACCAACCGGAGUCUGCAAAGCGAGCCAGCAGGAAAUCCCUGUACGAGAGCUUCGUCAGCUCAAGCGACCGAUACCGGGAUGAGGACGAAGGAGGCAGCGUCUCAUCUGGCCGCGACACGGAGAGAGAGCGAGAUAUGGACAGAGAGUGGGACAGGGAACGAGACAGAGAUAGAGACAGAGAGCGAGAUAGAGAUAGAGAACGAGAGCGGGACAAGGACAGAAGCAGAGAAAGAGACAGAGAGAGGGAAAGAGAUCGAGACAGAGAACGGGACAGAAGCAGAGAAAGAGAACGAGAACGGGACCGAGAAAGAGACAGAGAUGGACCUUUCAGACGAUCAGACUCGUACCCCGAGCGAAGAGGUGUUCGAAAGGGCAACACGGUGUACGUUUACGGCUCGGGUCUGGUCGAGGACAGCCUGCGCUCUGCCUUCUCUCAGCACGGAAACAUCAUCGACCUCUCGAUGGACAACCCUCGCAACUGUGCGUUUAUAACGUUUGAGAAGAUGGAGUCUGCAGACCAGGCUGUCGCAGAGCUGAACGGAGUCGUCGUGGGAGACGUUCAGAUCAGGGUCAGCAUCGCCAGGAAGCAGCCCAUGUUGGACGCCGCCACCGGCAAAUCCGUGUGGGCUUCGCUGGCCGUGCAGAACAGCACUAAAGGCUCCUACAGGGACAAGAGGAACCAGGUGGUGUACAACGAAGAUUUCCUGGGCUGAAACCUUUCCUGUUCUUACGUUAACAUGUUAAUCUUUGUUGUCCCUAAAGCGGUUUGUUCGUUGAGCUCAAUAAAUACAUAAUCAUGUA